AUGAUGGUCCCAAGAGCAUUUUUAUUCAGCUCGGCGCCGCCGCAGCAACCAUUUCAGUCUGGGAUGAAGUCAUUCACCUCGCUGGAUUGUUCUGGCCUCCAUCUCCCUACUCCCAUUGAGACCCGCGGAUCGAUCAACACUAUCCCAGUCGUAAUCCCUCCAAAGCGCGACUCGCAGACCCUGUCAGCACGUCGAGAUACUCGUCCACGCACUCUAUCUAAAACCUCGGAAUCCUCUCGCCGGUUCUCUUCCAGCUCGUCCAAUGACCGUCCCGUCCCUACGUCAUUCACCUCAAUGUUAGAAGCAACGGCCAUUCCCGUCCCUCGACGAACCUGGACCACCCGUAGACCUCGGAAACUCCCUCGUGGAAAUCAUGAAGAAGAGUUUAGGCGCAUGCUGCAGGAAGAUAUCAAGUUGAAAGAGGAAAAUUUUCUGGACGGGGCCGCCUACUCCCCUCUUGACAUCCUUCUCAGCCCACCCGAUAACGACAACGAGAAACUCCUGCCUUGCAAUGAUUCCGAAUACGAUUCACAACUUUCAGUGAGAUCAACAUCAAGUGAUUCGAUGCCGUCAUUAGACCAUUGUCUGGGAUCGCCGUCCAGUCUUCCCUCGCUGCCAAGCCCUUCUAGUCAUAGAAGUGCACCCGAGAGACGACAGCCUCGGUACUCAAACUGCGAGGAGUGUGCUCUGGACCAUCCUCUGCUUGUAACCGAACUUGAUGAGUUUGAAUUUAUCGAAAUCAAGAACGACGAUGAGCCUGCUGCACCUGACAUAGUACCCGCAAAGCGAGCUGCAUCAUUUGGGCGCCUCGGAUCUACUUUUAAAUCGAACCUCACAGCAUCUUUACGGGCCAUCAAAUCAGCUGCGCAGUCAGUCUCGACUUUUGCCACCCCUUCCGUUCAACCAGAGGAUUUCCUCACCCGGUCUCUUUUCACCAUCACCCCAGAGAUGACCGAUGAUCGCCGACCUUUGCCGAUGCAAGAAACACCUUCUCCAGCACUGCGACGCUACUUGAAUCCAUCUCUGAUGAACCCAACCCUGAUGUCACCGGCAGAGAUGUAUGUCUACCAUGAUCAUCCCCACGACAAGCCGCAGGCCUCCGAUUUGUGUCCCGUCUCGAUCCAAAUGCAGACAUAUCGUCGAGCCGGUGGCCGUGGGAACCGGCGAAGCCAUUUCCACAUCGCAAGCAAGGACCAUAAAUACGUCACUUUCGACCCGGAAGCACCAUCCAUGUCACGCCAGCGCGAAAUUCGUGAGAACAGCAAUUUCUUGCGCGUGGUGGUUCUCGAGAUGAACAUGCGACGUAGCGGCAAACUACGCGAUGAUAUCCCUGCCCGUGCGCGCAUCUGGCUGCCAGCGCGCAAGACAAACUUCCACUUGUCAGGACAAUACGAAGACGGAGAUGACAACGUCGUUCCGGCCCGAUGGGUGGGCGUCUCAGCCCACUGA